UCUUACCCGUGCGCCGGCGUGACUUUGACGGUCUCUCAAGUGUGUGGGCGCGCGCGGCCGGGAGAACGCGGCUCAUUGCUGUACAAUACAGUGGAAAUGCGGGUGUUGCGAGCUGGGCUGACGCUCAGUCGGAGACAUUUGAGGAGCGCGGGGUCGAUAACUUUAAAACAGGUACUGCUGGCGAACAGCUGUCGGACAUGUUGGUCGGGGCCCAUCCCGAACGAGCGCAUCCGGAACAUCGGCAUCUCGGCGCACAUCGAUUCGGGGAAGACCACGCUGACGGAACGCGUGCUCUUCUAUACGGGCAGGAUAGCCGAAAUGCACGAGGUGAGGGGGAAGGAUGGCGUCGGGGCGGUCAUGGACUCCAUGGAACUGGAGAGGCAGAGGGGUAUUACCAUCCAGUCGGCAGCCACCUAUACCGUGUGGAAGGACCACAACGUGAACAUCAUCGACACGCCAGGUCAUGUGGACUUCACCAUCGAAGUGGAGCGGUCGCUGCGGGUCCUGGAUGGGGCAGUGCUGGUCCUGUGCGCCGUCGGCGGGGUCCAGUGCCAGACCAUGACCGUGAACCGACAGAUGAAGCGCUACGGCGUGCCGUUCCUCAGCUUCAUCAACAAGCUGGACCGCACGGGAGCAAAUCCCAACCGUGCCCUGCAGCAGAUGAGAUCCAAGCUGAACCACAACGCAGCCUUUGUACAGAUCCCUAUUGGCCUGGAGGGGGACCUGCGGGGCAUCGUUGACCUCAUUGAGGAGCGCAGCAUUUACUUCGAGGGCUCCUUUGGACAGAGUAUCCGGUACGACGAGAUCCCGGCAGAGCUGCGGGCGGAGGCCUUCGACCGGAGGCGGGAACUCGUGGAAAGCGUGGCCAACGCGGAUGAGGCUCUGGGGGAGAUGUUCCUGGAGGAGAGGACCCCCACCGCGCCUGAGCUGAAGGCAGCCAUCCGGCGAGCCACGAUCCGGCGGCUCUUUACCCCGGUGCUGGUGGGCAGUGCUCUGAAGAACAAAGGAGUACAGCCUCUUCUGGAUGCUGUUUUGGACUAUCUUCCCAACCCCACAGAGGUCAAGAACUACGCCAUCCUCAAUCACGAAGAUUCCAGCGAAACCACUAAGGUCCUGAUGGACCCAACACGGGACGCCUCCCAGCCCUUCGUUGGUCUGGCCUUCAAGCUGGAGGCAGGGAGAUUUGGCCAGCUCACAUAUGUGCGCGUCUAUCAGGGCUGUCUGAAGAAAAGCGAGUACAUCUACAACACGCGCACAGCGAAGCGGGUUCGAGUGCAGAGGCUCGUUCGUCUCCAUGCUGACCAGAUGGAGGAUGUGGAAGAGGUGUUUGCUGGCGAUAUCUGUGCCCUGUUUGGGAUUGACUGUGCCAGUGGGGACACCUUUACCGCCCGCGCCAACGCCAACCUCUCCAUGGAAUCAAUCCAUGUGCCGGAUCCAGUCAUCUCGAUGGCCAUCAAACCCGCCAACAAGAAUGACCUUGACAAGUUCUCCAAGGGCAUAAACCGAUUUACCAGGGAAGACCCCACCUUCAGGGUCCAUUUCGACACGGAAAGCAAGGAGACCAUCAUCUCUGGCAUGGGCGAGCUGCACCUGGAGAUCUACUCUCAGAGGAUGGAGAGGGAAUACAACUGCUCCUGUGUGAUGGGCAAACCGAAGGUGGCCUUCCGGGAAACCGUAGCCAGCGCUAUUCCGUUUGAGUACACCCACAAGAAGCAGUCAGGAGGCGCAGGGCAGUACGGAAAAGUGAUCGGAGUCCUGGAACCCCUGAGCCCAGAAGACUUCACCAAGUUGGAGUUUGCAGAUGAGACUCUUGGCACCAACGUACCCAAGCAGUUUGUGCCUGCCAUCGAGAGGGGCUUUAGAGAGGCCUGCGAGAAGGGACCGCUGACUGGCCACAGGAUCUCAGGAGUCCGUUUCGUGCUGGAGGAUGGCGCGCACCACAUGGUCGACUCCAACGAGAUCUCCUUCAUCAGGGCCGGCGAGGGUGCAUUGAAGCAAGCCACGGAGAAGGCCACCAUAGUGGUGCUGGAGCCCAUAAUGUCAGUGGAAGUUGUCGCCCCAAAUGAGUUCCAGGGUACAGUCAUUGCCGGCAUCAACCGUCGCCACGGUGUCAUCACGGGACAGGACGGCUCCGAUGGUUACUUCACUCUGUAUGCUGAGGCGAGUAUGGUGUCGCCUAGGAGAAUCUGCUGCUGCUCUGGUUCACACGUUCGUUACGGUUUUAGAGUUCUGUGGCUGAUGUUGAAGUUGUUUGCGCUUGCUCCCCAGGUUCCGCUGAAUGAUAUGUUUGGCUAUGCAACUGAGCUGCGGUCCAGCACAGAGGGGAAAGGAGAGUACACCAUGGACUAUUCCAGAUACAAGCCCUGUUUGCCCAGCACACAGGAGGAUCUGCGCAACAAGUACCUGGAGGCCACUGGCCAGCUGCCUGCCAAGAAGGGCAAGGCUAAAAACUGAACUCUUAUGGUUUUAGACUCUCGCACAACUCUUACAUCAACAGCCAGACACACCUCCCAAACCCAUAAGAAAACCAACUUUGACUCUGUCAAAGACGCACAUUCUCUACCCUUGGAAUUUUACUGCGGUGGCACAGAAGUCCUUCCAAUAUAUUUACGUUCCCCAGACACGAACUGCAAUUUAUCGACCGACCAGGGAUUUCGGGGUAUGUAUAGUAAUUGGUUUUGUACUAUGUACACAUUGAAAUGUUAAUGUCAUGUUAAAAUAAAAGUAAUUUACAUCAUACAACUCCUCCUCUCAUUUGUACAUUUCACAAAAGACAGAAAGGACAGCACUUUAUCGUAACUGUACCAGAGCGGUUUUCGAUCUACAUUUAGCUGAUAGACAAUAUUAGAUUAUACAUAAAUGUGCAGAAUCCCAUAAUGUGCUUGAAAUGCAAUGACAGAGGAGCUGCGCAGCAACUGACCUGCAGUCUACAAACCGGUUAAA